GAGAAACUCACAUAAUAUGCGUCAGUAGCGGCGAAGGCAGAGUAAGCGAUGUUACUGAGAUGAUGUGCUUUCUUUUGAGCAGACAACUGACCGGCCAGUGAGGAUAUGAUGGUGCCAUGAUGGACAGAAUUACUGGAACAAGGAAAGGAGGGUGGAAUGUGAGCUUAAAAGAAAGGAUUAGAAGCAGCGCGGCGGAUGUCUGAGCGAACUUAAGAGGAAUCUCUUGCGGCGACCGGAUGCACUAAGAAGAAUGGGGACAUUUGUGACCCUGGCAGAAGUGCUGGAGGCUCGGGGUUUCCCACUGGAUGAAGACGAAGUCUGGUGUCUACUGCUCGCCGCGUCUGAGGCCUUACUAGAUGUUGCUAAAAAAGGAGGGGCAAGCAUGUGCAAUGUGCUGAGCCCUGGGUCGGUGCUGCUGUCUGCCAAUGGAAGUCUUGCCUUCAAGAGCUGUACCCGUUAUGAGGAUGUCACUUCCUUCACUGCCCCGGAGGUCCACCAGAGCCUUCCUUCACCGGGCAGGAAUUCAGCUGAAAAGAUGCUGGUGUAUUCCCUUGGGAUGACUCUCUAUUGGUGUGUUGACUAUCAGCUCCCACAAAACCAGCCAGUACAACUCAGCCCAGAACUGGAGGGUUUGCUGCUGAGCAUGUGCGAGGAUAUGAUCCUUCGACGGACAGACCUGCUGACGGUUCUGGAUACCUGUGAGCUUCACCACAAGUCGUCAAUGCUGCCCCCUGUCGAGCAGCUGGUCAGGCACUUGGUGGAGGACGUCUACAGAAACUCUGAUGAUCAUGUUGGUAUGGGUGAAAACGGAUCUCAGCUUACAGACCGCAGUCAGAUGGUCAGAGACAGAUUACACAGAAGUUCAUUUAGUAACUCCACAUGGGCGUUGAAGAAGAAGCUGUCCAGAACAUUUUCUGGGACAUCAUACCCAACCGAGCACACUGGGAUUCCCUCUGGAGGACGUCACAGGGACAGCUACGACAGUUGGCACCAGUUGAACCGCACUUCUUGUAGUCCAUAUUUAGAUGGCUGUCGUCGUAGUACGUCAAGAUCCCUGGCACAUUUUGAGUCCACAACAAGCUUAAACGAGAAGAAACUUAAGGACACGACUCCCGAGUUCAUUAGAAUGUUAGACGAGCCACCGAGUGUUCUGGAACUGCCUGGUUCCAUUGUGUCAAAAAAGGGCAAAACUGCAGUAUCCCAGCGAGAGGUCAGCGUUGUGAUGCCAAACAGUCACAAUAUUUUGGUUAAAUGUGAGGUGAAGUCCAGAGGCGGAGACAUCUUUGACAUGAUUGUCGCACACUCCAACCUGAUGGAACACUUUUAUUUUGGCCUUGCUUACCUCGAUGAUAAUGAGUUUUUCUUCAUCGACAACGAUACUAAAAUUUCCAAAUAUGCCCCAGAUAGUUGGAAAAAAGUGCCUACAACCACCUUCAUCCUUUUCUUCAGGGUGAAAUUCUUUGUCAAUGAUAUGUCCCUGCUUUUGCACAAACAGACCCGACACCUAUAUUACCUUCAUCUCCGGAAAGACCUCUUGGAUGACAGGCUGUCCUGCCACGAAGAGACGGCCCUCUUCCUCGGAGCUCUAGCCCUGCAGACAGAGCGAGGGGACUGCAUGCCCGAGCUGUACGGUCGGAAUUACUGUCGCCCGGACCAUUACGUAUCCAAAAGUGUGAUGGAGAGACGUGCCUUACCUUACAUUCAAGUGGAGCUACAGCGGCUUCACACCAACAAUGCACAGAUGCUUACAGAUGAAUCCGAGCUUGAAUUUCUCAAGGUAUGCCAGCAGUUGCCUGAAUACGGCGUGUUGUUUCAUCGAGUGACACGUGAAAAAAAGACCUCAGACGGCGAGAUUGUCCUCGGGAUUAGUGCCAAAGGAGUUACCGUCUAUGAAGUGAAAGACGGCGGUCGAUCAACCAGUCAGAGUUUCUUCUGGAGGGAAACUUCAACCAUCUCCUCAAAUAAACGUAAAUUUAUAAUCGAGAUGCGUGGCAGCAAGAAGAAGUACGUCUUCAUUACGGAGAGGUCAAAAAUAGCCAAAUACUUAUGUAACCUGUGUUCAUCCCAGCACAAGUUCAACACCGAAAUGAACUCCCGUCAACUCACCCACAGCCUAGUCUCAGAGGAGAACAUCAUGCAGUACUCCCCAGGCUGCCGAGCUCAGAGCAACAGGCUCAAAUCUUUCCUGUGCUCCGAGACGCCACAGGAUGACAGCGGUCUGACAACGCCUCAGGAGGAGCCGAUGACCAAACUGUGUGAUGACGUCACAGCCAGGAUCGAAGCCCGUAUCAAACAGCAGCACCAAAGCCUUAAUGAGCAGAGCACCUGCUCCAGCAGCCUUCGCAGCAGCACAGGGAUGCGUUCACCAGCCUGCUCUCAGCGAAGCGGAUCUGAAGCCCCAUCAGGUUCCCCUGCGGCAAGAGAUACGCCGACGAAACAUGGGAGUUCAUCGGAGCGAGAGGUCAUAUGUGUCUCCCUGAAGAAAGAUCCUAAACUUGGCCUAGGCAUUAUAAUCGUUGGUGAGGAUACAGUGGGACGCUAUGACUUGGGGAUUUUUGUAGCCUCCGUAGUGCCUGGUGGACCAGCAGAUAGGGAUGGACGCAUACGACCAGGUGGUCGUCUGAUCUCUUUGAACCACGUCAGCCUGGAGGGUGUCACCUUCAGUGAGGCUGCAGAGGUCAUGCAGAACAGCCCUGAGGAGGUCCAGCUCAUCGUGUCACAGGCAAAAGGUUUUCACAGUCCAAGCAGUGUUUGUUCUCCUGUGCUUCUGACGAUGGGCCGUCCUCGAGAAGAAAGCCUUGAUGACAUUGUUUCAGUCAUGGUGACGCCCAAGCCCAGCAAUAGACUCCACGUACCUCGCGGUGCCCCCUCUCUCAGUGCACAGGAUGGCUGUUCCUUCCCUUCUUCCCUGAACUGUGAGAGACUGGAGGAGACUGUUCAGCUCAGGAAGAUUUCAGGAAGUCUGGGCAUCAGCAUCACAACUAACAUGCCCAACAGAGGAAUCUACAUCAAGAACCUGGUGGCAGGAGGAGCAGCUGAGAGAGACGGACGCAUUCAUUCAGGUGAUCGACUCUUGGAGGUAGAUGGUGUGAGUUUCCAGGGAUUUACGUACGAGCAGGCUGUGGAGUGUCUGAGCAAAACUGACCAGGUGGUGUCUUUGGUGGUGGAGAGAGAACCGAUGAGCCUCCCUAGAGUUUCUCUAAGUGCCGAAAAUGACUGCGUUGUAUCAGCUCACAGUGGCAAUCCAGUGACCCGGCAAAGCAGAAUCAGCAGCUUCUCAUCCGUCUGUACUCUUCCACAGAGCGUCUGUGACUGGCCAAAGGACUACAGCUUUGUGUCCAGCGAAAAUACCCAUGUUGUGACUCUGACGAAGAGUAACAAUGGCCUGGGGUUCAGCUUCCUGAUGUGUGAACUGGAUCCUCCAACUUCUGACUUUGGCAGCCUGAUACGGAUCAAGGAGCUUUUCCCUGGUGAGCCAGCCAUUCUCAGCGGGCGAAUUCAGGAGGGCGACGUCCUGUUGGCCAUCAAUGGUCAGUCUUUGAAGGAGCUGUCGUACCCAAAAGUGCUGAAGUUGUUCAAGACUUCACCAGCCAAGGUGCGACUCACGCUCUGUCGACCGGCGCCAGGAAUCCUCCCGUCCGUAGAAGAGUUCACAGGGACAUGAAAACCCACAUUCAGAUGCUGAUCAAUCUGGAGGAUUAGAUAUGUCAGAGCGUUACGCUGAAGCAUAACGCUCCAACAAAGCUGAUCAUUAAGGAGAAGAACUGCCUUCACUGAGAAGCAGCAGGUGUAUGGAGGACCAUGAGAAGAAGAAGGAACCAGAAUGGAUUUCAUGCAAUAUGAAGCAAAUAUUCAAGGAAUAUGAGCAAUAAGUUUGUUCUUUGUCUCACUAGAAGGCAAUGGCUCACCAGCAUUUAAUUAACAUUUGCAUUUAGGUCAUGUAAGUUAAAAUUAUCUUGUAAGUGCAGAAAGUCAUAUCACAAUUUUCAAACAAUUGAAACCUCGUGCAUUUUAAGGCAAGUUGCUGAACUAAAUGUAAUAAUCUGACGUGAUUGGUCGGUACCAGAGUGGACCUUACGAGGGCACUGUGGAAAUUCAUUAGCGUGUCAUGCGACAGCAAAGAAGAGGACUCUGACAGUGUAUAUGACAGUUUGGAGCCUUAUCGAGUGCAGUGGAUUGUUUUGGCAGGAGUUGUCAUUAAACUCUC